AUGAAGUCUGUCAAACACGCCGCGUUCGCUGCUAGUCUGCUGGGCUCAGUGCAGGCCUCGCUCUACGGCGAAACCAAAUUGAAUCACACUUGUGUCUUAGAACCAUCUAUCCUUUCAUGUUCCCCCCGCGCGAACCCAGCCAGCGUCGACACCUGCUGCACCGAAACCUUCGGCGGCCUGCUGCUAUCGACGCAAUUCUGGUCGACCUGGACCGGCCUUGAAUCCAAAGGCCAAAAGCUGCCCCCCAACACCUGGACUCUGCACGGCCUGUGGCCCGACUUUUGCAACGGCUCCUACACACAGUACUGCGACCUGUCUCGACAAUAUGACCCGGUCCCUUCACCCAACACAACCAACGGUCUCCCCAACGGCACCUUCGUUCCACCUUACACAGGUCCCAAUAUCGGGACCUUCCUCAAGCCCUUUGGCCGCUACGAUCUGCUCGACUGGAUGAAUACGUAUUGGAUCAACCAGGGCGCUCCGAACAGCGACUUCUGGGCCCACGAAUUCAGCAAGCAUGCCACAUGUUUCUCGACCUUCGACAUUCCCUGCUACGGGCCGGAGUACGUCGAGCACGAAGAUGUGGUCGACUUCUUCGAGACCACCAUCAUGUACUACAAGCGCCUCCCCACGUGGGAGUGGCUGAACGAGGCCGACAUCGUCCCUUCGAACAAGACCACCUACUCCUUGUCCGAGAUCCAGAGCGCUUUGGCCAAGAAAUACGGCGCCACACCGUACAUUGGAUGUAGUGGCGCGAGAUACAACACCACCGAGGCCGGCGAGGGCAGCGACGACGGUGGCCGCACCGUCCUCAGUGAAGUCUGGUAUUAUAGCCAUGUUGUCGGACGUCCUCAAGAAGGCAACUCCAUCCCUGUCAACGCCACCACUCCUAACACCAGCUGCGCUAAAGCGAAAGGGGCCAUUCACUACUACGAGAUGACUCCCAGCUCUGUGCAGGGGAGUUAG